UAUAACUGUUGUUUCACUAUAUUUUAAUAUUUUUUGGUUUAGAAAUGUUAUAAAGAUUUAUAUUAUCUAUAGUUUUGUCGAUUUUAUAUUAAUAUUACUUCGUAAUACACACAAGUAUCCAUGGUAUCAUAUGAUACAACUGUGCAGUUCAGAAAAUUAAUAAUAUGGAUUUAAAUGACAAGGACAUUGAGUAUUUAUUGGACUUUGACUUGCCAAGUGGUUCAGAGGCUAGUUUUUGUGACAGUGACGACGGUAAUGAUGAUAAUGCAUUGUAUGAACAAAAUUACAAUGAUACUGAGGAAAUUGUACAUCCGACCCCUCAACCUAUUGAAGACUUCCUGGGUAAUAUAAACAGCGAAACAAGGUAUGAAUAUGAUGAUUUAUCAGCUAGCAUUUUUAUUAUGGAUGCAAAUGAUGUAGAUACCUAUGACAAUUUUGUAAAUAAUAUCAGACAACAAUCACAGCAACAAAAUAAUGUAGUAGAAAAUAAUACUUCUGUUGAUGAUGCAUUUGCCUUUAGCCCUUCCACGUCUAGUGAUAAAACUUACCCAGAUAGUUCUAAUGAUCCAUUGCAAACUAAAAAAUUAAUUAAAAAAACUUUGCCCAUCUUACCAAAAAAAAGAAAAACUAGAAGUUUUCCAGUAAGAAACAUACACACAAGCCCAAUCAAAAAAACCAAAAGGCCCAAAGAAAAAAAGAAAACAACUAAAUGGUUUUCAGGAAGAGAUAACCAAUUCACAGACUCAGUUCCUUCUUUCAUUGGUAGUGAAACAGUAAAUAUUGACACAAAUGAUGGGGCUACCCCUUAUUCCAUUUUUAUUCAAAUAUUUACUGAUGAAUUAUUUGAACUAAUAAAAGUUGAAACCAUAAGGUACGCUGUUCAAUGUGGGAAAGACAAUUUUACCUUGUCUAUCAAAGAAUUAAAAAUUUUUUUUGCUAUCAAUAUAUCUAUGACCUAUAUAAAAUACCCAAACGUGCGGAUGUAUUGGUCUUCACAAGAAGGUUUGAGAAUGGAUUUGAUAGCAGAUGCCAUGUCUUAUAAUAGAUUUUCUGAAGUGAAGAGAUAUAUUCAUUUUGUGGACAACAGUGACCAACCUAAUACUGUCGACAAAUAUUGGAAAGUUCGACCUGUCAUAGAUAUUUUGCAUGAGUCUUUUCAUGCAGCUACUUCAACUAGUGAGCACAUUGCGAUAGAUGAAAUGAUGGUGCCAUUCAAAGGAAAGAGUUAUCUAAAACAGUAUUUAAAAUCUAAACCCAAGAAAUGGGGUUUUAAAAUAUGGGUUCAAGCUAGUACAAAUGGGUAUGUACACUGUUUUGAAAUGUACACAGGCGCAUCAAUUUCAAAACGUUCAGAAUUUGGUCCAAUUGGUGAUACUGUGAUAAAUCUUUGUCAUGCAAUUCAUGGAAACAAUCACAAACUGUUUAUGGACAAUCUGUUUACAUCUGUUCCACUGUUAAGAAAAUUAAGAUCAUUCAAUAUAUAUGUCUUAGGAACACUUAGAAUUAAUAGAGUACAUGGUAUUGAAAAUAAUUUAGUUUCUGAUAAAUUGAUGGAAAGAGGUUCUUGUUCCAUUGCUACUUCAGACGAUAACAUAACAGUAGUUCGUUGGAAAGAUACCAAAUUGGUACAUACAAUAUCCACAUAUGCAGGAGCUAUACCUGAGGAUACAACAAUGCGUUAUGAUAGGAAAGAUAGAAAAAGAAUUGAAGUUACCAGACCUUUUAGUAUACAAGAAUAUAAUAAAUUCAUGGGUGGGGUGGACCUAAUGGACCGUAUGAUUGCCCAUUACCCCCAUGGCUUUAAAAAUAAAAAAUGGUAUCUCAGAGUUUUUUUUCAUUUUUUAAAUGUAAGCAUUGUCAAUUCAUGGAUAAUAUACAGAGAACAAUGCAGCGAUAUUCCUCUUCUUAAUUUUAAAGCUUCAUUAGUUUGGACAAUGCUUCAAAUUGGCAAACAUAAUGGGCCCAAAAGAGGAAGAAAGUCACUGUCACAGACACCACCAACAAAAAAAAGAAAGAAUGUCAAAGUUCCUGUCCCUGAAGUGCAAUAUGAUGGUAUAAACCAUUAUCCUGCGAAGACAACCAAAAAACAAGCAUCCAGAUGUAAAGAUAAUAAUUGCACUUCCCGAACUAGAUAUUUGUGCAAAAAAUGUAAUUUCCCUGUUUGCCCAGAGUGUAUGGAAAGUUACCACCAUACCAAAACACCAGUAAACAUUUGAGACUUAAAUAUACUUAAAUAUACCAAAACUUUAAUUUAAAGUAAAAAAGGAGGUUUCUAUAAAUAUUGUUUUUGGUUUAUUAUUUUAUUAACAUUGUUAUGCUUUGUAUAAGCUUUUACUCUACUAAAAUAAAAGUUUUAAUUAAUAGUGAAAAAGGAAGUUCCUAUAAAUAUUAUUUUUAUUUUAUUAUUUUAU